ACUAGAGACGUUUCGAUGCUGCUGCUGCUGCUGCUGCUGCUGUUAGUCCUGCUCCUCGCUCUUGCCGCUAGGUGGCGUGCAUCCUGGUCCAACAGCCACUGGCGACGACGCGGCAUAUGCGGCCCACAGGGCUGCCCGCUGCUGGGCAACAUGGCGCUCUUUGCCCUCGGGCAGCGCUCCUACGGCGAGGUCUACGCACAAAUCUACAGAGAGCAUCCUGGACUGCGCUACGUGGGCUUCUAUCGGCUGUUUAAUGAGCCCGCCCUGCUGGUGCGGGAUGAGCGACUGCUGCGGGAGGUCCUCGUCGGCAGCAGCUUUGCGUGCUGUGCGGACAAUGCGGUCAAUGUGGAUGCCCAGCGGGAUGUCCUGGCCAGCUGCAAUCCGUUCAUUGCCAGCGGCGAUCGCUGGAGGAAGUUGCGCGCCGAUCUGGUGCCCCUGUUCACGCCCAGCCGCUUGCGGCAGACGCUGCCACAUGUGGCUGCCGCUUGCCAGCAACUGCGGCCGUUUGUCGAGCGGCGUCUGAUCCGCGAACGUUUCGAGGCCAAGGCGCUGGCCACGCGCUACACGCUGCAGGUGAUUGCCUCGGCCGCCUUUGGCCUCGAUGCCCACUGCCUGUGCCAGGACGAGCAGCAGGAGCAGGGCAGCGAGUGGCUGGAGUGGCUGGUGCCGCUCUUCCAGCCGAGUGCGUGGAGCCUGCCCGAAACCAUAGCGCUGCUGCACUCCUCACGCCUCGCCAGCAUCCUGCAACAUCGCUACGUGCCCCUUUCACUGCAGCACUGGCUGUGUGAUCUGGUGCGGACGAGUGCCAGUGCCAACAGCUUUCUGCGCUGGCUGGGCGAGCAGCAGGGCUCAGACUUGGCGGGGCAUGCCACCACGCUGCUGCUGGAAGGAUACGAGACCUCGGCCAUGCUGCUGGCCUUCGCCCUCUACGAGCUGUCGCUCAAUGAGUCCGUCCAGCGGCGUGUGCAUGCCGAACUCACGGAGGUGGCAAAGCGGCAUGGGGGUCUGCUCUUGGGGCAUGCUGCUCUGGCGGAGCUCAGGUAUGCGGAGGCCACGCUGCUGGAAACACUGCGACUGCAUCCGGCCAUGCAGGCACUCCAGAAGCGCUGCACCAAAUCAUUCACACUGCCAGCACAGAGGUGGGACACAGACACAGAGACGGACAGCAGCCUGCAGGUUGCCUUGGGCACGGUCCUCGUGCUCCCCGUGCAGGCCAUUCAUCUCGAUCCGCAGCUGUAUGCCGAGCCGCUCAAGUUCCAGCCGGAGCGCUUCAUGGACGCCUCGCCUGGGCUGGGCUGCCGUUUCCUGGCCUUCGGUGCCGGGCCACGUAUGUGUCCGGGCAUGCGGUUGGGCCUGGCACAGACAAAGGCCGCACUGGUAACGCUGCUCCAGGACUACUCCGUGCAUCUCGCAGACCAGCGUCAGCCACCCGUGCAGGUCUCGCCCCUCACCUUUCUGACGGCCAGCAAGCAGGGAAUUUGGCUGCAGCUGCGAAAGCGCUAAGCGCCGUUACGCGUUGCUGUAAGAUUACAGAUGUAAAG